AUGGCGAAGAGCCUGGAUGAUUUGAUCCAGCAUCUGCUUGAGGAGAUCGCCCUUAGCGGAAGUCAAGGUGUGACCAUCAACGAUAUCGCAGCCUUCACCUCUGCCUUCUAUCAUGAACCCAACAAUGACCAUCCCUCCGGUUCGGCCGCCGCAGAACCACUCCCAACCGACGGCCUUGCUGUAGACCCACCCUUUCUGGCUAAGAUCUGGACAUGGCUCAGACGCCAUCCAGAUGUGUCCAUUGGGCAUGAUAGGGAGUACAAUGGAAUACCUCUGGCCGAAAUCGAGCGCCGGUUUCCUGGUUAUCUCAGUGCCAGUAGACGAGAAGGGGACCCUGCGAACGAGACUGACCAUGAUGACUCGGACGGUCCACGACAAAGCGACUCAUCUCCAAAACCUCGUCUGGCCACCAAACUUGCUGAUGUAACCAAGGGCCCUCGAGUCCGUGUCAAUGUUGAGCGCGUCUACGAGGCACUAUGCGGUCAUCCCCCAGACUCUAGCAAAGUGUCACCCUUAGAGUUUGAUCUUCUGUCGCUGAUCGCGCCAGCACGGUCGAACGGUAUUCUUCAGGGUGAUCUUCGUCAGGCGUCAGGACAGGACAAGCGGUCCGUACCCAAACGAACUGACGCCUUGCACAAGAAGGGUUAUAUCGUCAAAGAAACUGUCUACAGAAAAGGUAACAGGACAAGCCGAUUGAUUCUGAGAAGGUUUGCCCCCGAUGUUCUACGAAAUGCAGACUCACCCGUCCGAGGGUCCACUGUACGGGACGUGGUGCGAAGAAUCUGUGACGUACUAUCCCGCCAGAACCUCAUUUCUCAGACCAAACUUGCCGAAGACCUGAAUCUAGAGUCUGCCGCAGAGUCUGCCGCGCUGGUGAAAAUCCUUCGCCGACUAGAGCACCUCAAAUGCGUCAAGAGAGCGAGGACUGCCACCGGACCUUCUGCCACUGUGCGAGAUCUCCAACACUUCGUCCAGCUUCUGCACCUUCCCACGCCUGAGGACCUAGAGCGGUUUGAUACAGAAGACUUGACCCUUGAGCAGCCACUUCAGGGGAUACUUCCUACGACUGGAUCGGCAGACUAUGGCGGUGACAUUGUCGCCUUUCCUGCCACAGAAAAUCAGGAAGGAGAAACCGGGACAACGCGCCACAUGGCACGAUGGAACCCGGAUCGUCCUAUGCCCAACGUCGUGGUUGAUGCUGUUCAACUCAUGGGGAUGUCGGGCUUGUCGAACUGGGAUGCCAGGCGAAUGAUAACUGGCGUUUUCGUCCGUCGUACAUUGGAAUCAUUGCUAAAUCGGAUAUCGUCAGGAUCGCUGAUCGUCCAACCACCGCAUUUUCGCCACCUAGCGGUUGUCCGAGUGGCUAUAGUCGUGGAUGGCGUUGCUCAGUACAACCAUUACUCCUGGGACGUGUUCCGCCAGAUGGCAGAAAAGGGGGAAGUGGACAUCUCUCAGAUACCAGGUGCCAAGCAAGCCCUAGAGGAUGUUGUGCCAACUGACCCUGAACGAACACCCGAUACAACUUCCGUCACCUCUGUCAUCAAAAAUGAUCAGUUCGGAUUUCCCCUUCAAGCCUCCCCACCCCUUCAAUACAGAAAUGGUGAAGCAAGUUUCGAGGACCUCAUCCGGUCCGUUGCGCCUGGUGAUGUUGUUCCUCGUCUCAUGGAACCAAUUAUUGUUGAGAAAGACGGAGUGUUGUCCUUGGCAUAUCGCGAAGGGGUCACGGCCCAGCACAAAGCCCAGCACAAGGCCGGGAAACGUGCUUCGAUCCUGUCAACUCAAUCACCUCUUCGAACGUCUGAAGCGCCAAAGAGUAUCGUGAAGAAGGAAGAUAUCCCGCUUGGUCGUCCUCGCAAGUACUUGAAAGGCACUGAAAAGUUUUGGCGAUUGCAAUUCCAGCAAGCCAGGAUCAACUCAGGUGCAUCGUCUACUACAUCUGCAAACAAGAGGGGAUUGAUGCAGGAUCCGGCCGGCCUUGCUCUGUAUGCACGUCGGCCUGCUGAUUUUGACCAGACCUUGCUCCAGGCUAUUGAGGCCGGUUUACCGAUCCCUGGACGGCCUGACGACAUCAGCGAUGCUUGGGUUGUAUCGACAAGAAACGUUCUUAACCGCGACUUGAAUGGCGUGUUUCUGACGCCCCAAGGCGUACGUUCCGACUAUGCAAAAUUCAAAUCUCAGAUCAUGAUCAUCAAAACCCCGCGUCUGAAACAGGUUGACCUGCAUGAUCGAAGCAAAGCGCAUCCAUACCAAUUCAUGUCCUCAAUGGCAGCACACAGUUUUGCAUACCGGCGCUUUUAUCCUAGUAUGCAUAUUACGAAACAGUCGCGUCAAGGCAGAGUGGCCUUGACCAACAGAUCAAGGUCACCGCGGAGGGAGAAGAAGAUGUCCGCCCCACCACUCGGUGUUUUUUCCGAGGGCCCUGCAUCCCAGACGUCCAAUACGUCUUUGCCAGGAGACCUGGAGACUGAGCCCAUGCUCACCGAUACCGCCAUGGAAGCCACCGACGAAGAGCCGCUACGGAGUCGGCAACCCACCGAAGACGUAAAGUCCUUCGAUCGGCCAUCCAUGAUUCCAGCGGAACCCCGCCGAACGGCACCACACAGCCCCCUAUCCCUCAGAGAAGCAACUUUGCCAUCCGAAAAUGACCUGAAUGAUCUCGCUGAGCAAAUUUCUGCCCCGGCAGCUCGACGAGCUUCAAGCCCGCAAUUGGAACCACCACACUUGGGCGCAGACAUGAUACAACCGUUGGAGGCUAUGCACUCUCCGUUGUUGCACGGUGUGUCUCCGGCCAAAUCCACGACUCAGGGUGAUGUUAUCGAGUUAAAUAAUCAAGAUCUUACGGAUGCCGUUCCUCCUGCUGUAGCGAUUCGACGACAAUCUCUUGCGGCAGCAUGGGUCAGUCAAGAUAGUCCUCGAUCGUUGCCGGCUUCACUGGAGGUUGAUGAGGCGAACAACCCAUCAUCUGCUGGUGCGAAAGCUUCAAUUGUUGAGAUGGGAGACAGGUAUUUGAGCCAAAAUUCCCAGGUUGGAGAGCUCAAGGAGAAUGAGCUUCAGCCGUAUGACCCGUCCGGGGCACCGGUGGUAGGUGAUGCCCUCGCUCGUGCGAGCAAAGGUCCUUCGAGAAGAGGUGUCAAGAAGUGUGUAUCACGCCAUAAGGCUCAAGACGACGACGUCUCACAAAUGAGCGGCUCAGAAGUGGCUGGAACUCCUAGGAAGCAGAAGAAAUCGGGUACAGGCAAAUAUACGGCUGGGGCGAAUGCUUUAUGCAGAAGUAUUGUCCUACAGCUCGUCACUGAAGCAUCUGGGAUAGUGCCGAAUGACCCGUCCACCUUGAAACGCAUCUCAGCCGCUCGGUGGCAGGAAGCUGGGGCAGAGGAUCGUCCAUUACUCAAAGCCGUCAAGGCGGCGAUAAAAUCUCUUUGCCAGUCAGGCAAAUUGAAACAACUCACAUUCACGUUCCGUGGAAAGAGCGGCAACAUGAUCAGACGGGCGGUUUUAUUCUUGCCGACGAUUAGUCCUCUCUCCAAUCUCGUUGAAGAUGUCAAACAGAAGAUGAUCGAUGCAGAUCCCACUGAUUACAUCCCCCCAGAGUGGGUGGCGGAGGGUUUUCGAGCCCCUUUGAUAGGAAAGAACGCUCCACGCAUGUUGAUUGAGGAGGAGGACGUGCCCUCGCCAUCGCCAAGAAGACGACGGGUAUCUUCUGCAAUGACCGAGACAACCGUUAACUCGGAGUCUUCAAGAGGCGCUAGAAGAGAUUCCCGGAGCAGAACGAGAGAGCUUAGCCAGUCGCCGCCUCCUCGGGUGACCGCUGCAACAGGCUUUUUAACACUCAAGGUUCCUUCACUGGGUAGGCUUUCAUCUGUGCAAAUAUUCAAUUGGAGGACAGAAGCACCGGUAAAAGCUUUGCAAUUUGAGGCUGUCACUACAAAAUCAAGGCAGUCUAGGUCAGCGGCUGGUCGAGCACGAGGAAGAACUGGUCGGAAACCAACCACGCGUCCAGCAGGUCGGAAGGUCAUGUGGGCGAACCAACAAUGUCAGGAGUUUCCGUCAUCAUUGGAGGAUAUCCUCCGGCUACCCGAUCUCAAGAUCAGCUUCGACGACAUCCAGUCUGGCGACUCCGAAUGGCAGCGAUUUGCUUGCGAGGUCGAAGGUGUUCGUGCCUGGGAGGGUCAGGAAGCAGAAUCAUUUCAGUUGGAUCGCUUUCAAUACGCCUUUAUCAACCACACGGUCCCUCCGGCACUCUACUCCGCUUCAGUCCAACCCGGGACAGUUGAGUUUGCGAGCUUGAUCUCGUUUGAUGAAGAUGGCUCUGAAGUUGAAGUACCAUAUCCUCCCGAGGAGUCUUGGGCAGUCUUCGUAUCAGCGCUUCAACAACCCCCCGAGUUGACUUCGCGGAUUGCAGGUAGGCAUCCACAAGAACCAAGUACAGCACCGCCACCCGCAAAAGCAGGCAGAGUCCGACGAACGAUUCGACCUACUAAGCGUAAGCGAUUGGCGGAUGGCGAAGUUGGCGACGAGGAUACCUUCGUGCCCCAAGUCAAACGACGAAAAGCAGGUGUCAAAGGGUCCGGUACUCCUCGUCCCCGACGUAGGCUUCCACCAGCCAAAAGUGACGCUCCCACGACAAUAUCCCGAGGUGUCCAAUACCUUCGAAUCUUGCCGGAGGAGACCAUCUACCGUAUUGCUGUCUCCGUGGUUGUAGUCCGCACCCUGGCAGGAGGAAUUGAGAGUUACGUUGAUUGGCCCCUGGUCAUGACCCUUUUCCCAGACCAGGAGGAAGAGUUCAUUCGGCGUCGCUGGAAGACGUUGUUGUCCAGAUAUCGCAGUGACAUCCGUGGACUUACAGAGAACCUUCAAUGGAAAUACCUGGAGGCGUUGGAAGCCGGAGACGUACCUUCUGUCAAUUUCCAAGACCUCAAGGCGACAGAUUGGCGGGGAAUAGUCGACUGGGCACUCAACAACCUCGACAAGUUCAACUCGAGACAUGCUGAUGACCUCCCUGCUACGCGCGACAGAUUAUCUGAGACGGUUCAGAUGGCGUUCAAUGAGCCCAAACGCUCCUACCAUCUCCUUACGUACAACGCCAACGUCACCAAUCCUUUCAAAGAAGACGUCAGCUGCUCCAUUGUCUUUGGAACAAGGUCUACUCUUCCACCUUCCGCGACAGUCGUACCAGGUCUUCACUAUGCUCCGCGGUACGAGCUCGGAAAUGCAGACGCAGACCUCCGUCUUGCGAGAUCGUGGGUCUUCGCCACGAGUCUUACUCCAGAAUCAAGGUUUGACCCGAGUGCGACCCAUGCCAAGCUCUCGACCCUUGCCUCGACACCUGAAGAAUGCGAAGCCCUUCUCAGCCGUGCCGUUAGGGUGCUUCGGGAAGAGAAGCUUCUUCAGCCUGCUCACCGGCCGUCGGGACAAGUUUCCAGCGUACGCGGCUGGGAAGGAAGCCGGAAACUAUUUGAACUCUUUGAAGAACGAAGAAUGAUCAAUGUCAAUAUGCUUCGGCGUGCUGUCACAUACAAGCUAGCUAUUCUCGACGAGGCCUUCCAGAAAGGUGAAAGUGUGGUCGUGGAAAAGCAGAGCAUCGUGGAUGAUGGCGACAUGGUGGCUAUUCUAAACCUUACGGCUGCUGGUCAGAUCACGGCCAAACCUGGGACUGAUGUGCCUGACUCGCGAUAUGGCAUAGACCACGAGCGGAUUGGGUACCGGACACGAAACAUGGACAAGAAGUUGCUCAAUUUUAGUGCCGUGCUUGUACCAACGGAAGCAUACGUCUUCGGCAAUCCCAGACACGAGCAAGGCCGGCAACCCCCGAUUCCACGGGGUCAGGCGGACGAGCCCAAGGGUCACAUUCCGCCGUGGAUUGACAUCCAUGGCAAUGUUCAACCUGCGCUGUGGGAGAUGUUCCUCGUAGGCGUCAUUGGGUUGAUAGUGCAGCUUCCCGGUGUCACAUCUGUGGACAUUUCGCGAGCGCUGGGCUAUGCACUGGACCAUACCGAGGUUGAGCUCAUUCUGGACUGGUGUAUACAAGAAGGGUUUGCCCAGAUGGAUAUGAAAUCGAAAGGAUAUGAGACGACAGAAGAUUGGUGGUGGUGUAUUGCUACUGGGCACGGUGAACAUGAAUUUCAUGGCGAGAAUGAGGCGUUAUUGGUCUGA